CCUGCCGAGUAUUUCGCAUUUUGCCCUAAAAUCAAAUCGAACGUACGGACAGGAAGCUCGGUUUCAGUUCCAGCUCUGUUGAAAAUCGAAUGAAAUCUAAAGACAAACCAGACUUUUGGUUCUGAUUAGAUUAGAUUCCGAGGAUUUGCAGAUCCGCAGUUGCUGUAAGAGAUAGCCGCCGCAAAAAUAAUGGCAGGCAAGUUGUUCUUCUUGCUUUUCAUUUUUGCUUCUUCUUUGAUAAUCUUUGUGUGCUGUAUGGAGGUUGAAACUGAAGCUUCAGUUCAAUUGAAUCAACAAGUAGUAGAGCAGCAAGAUCAGCAACUUUUGUUGUUGAAUAGACUUGAAGAAUUAGUGAAGAAUCUUAGUGAAAUAGUUAAUAAGCUAGAGUCCACAUUAUCACCAAAAUUAACCCAUCUCAAUCAUCAGCAAGAGAAGAUAAUUACGAUUAAUCAAAGAAAGCUAGAGCAUGAUGAAGUUGUAGCUGGUGUUGGAGUUGAUGAGGAGAAAGAGGAGAACAAAGAGGAAGAGAGAAUGAGACCAAUUUCUGUUCCGGUGACCAAGUAUGGUCCUACUUGGUCCGAGAGGUUUCAGUUUGUGGCAGCUGUUAAGUUGGGUGACUCUGUUGUCACCUCCAUUAAUGUCUUGCCGUUCCGGGACUAUGAGGGUCUUAGCAAGUAUGUUGCGGUUGGGGACGACCAGGGGAGGGUUUAUUUGUUCACCAAGAAUGGGGAUGUUCUACUUGAGUUUGUGACAACGUGCGAGUCACCGGUUACUGCCAUGUUGUCUUACACAUCUGUAUAUAAGAAUCAGAGUAUUUUGGUUACAGGACAUCAAAAUGGUGUGGUUUUGGUGCAUAAGUUGUUUGAGGUGGCUCCAACUGGAGAAGAGUGGAGCUCACUUUCCAUGGAAAGUGUCUCUAAACUCAAAGAUGGACAAGGAGGUGGUCAUGCUAUUACUAUUCUUGAAGUGCAUCCAGUUGGGAGAUUGAGGUACAUUGUCUCUUCCGAUAUGAGUGGACAGAUUCGGGUUUUUAAUGAGAACGGAACAAUUUAUGGUACUGUUACACCCUCAAGUAGGCCCUUGGCAUUCUUGAAGCAGAGGCUGUUGUUUUUGACAGAAAAGGGUGCUGCCUCACUUGACUUAAGAAGCAUGAGAAUUACUGAAUCUAAAUGUGAAGGUUUGAAUCAUUCUAUUGUUCGGAAUUAUGUCUUUGAUGCCACAGAGAGGUCUAAAGCAUAUGGAUUUACAUCAGAGGGUCAUUUGAUUCAUGUGCUAUUGUUGGGGGAUGUAGCGAACUUCAAAUGCAGGCUUAGAUCCAGGCAGAAAUUUGAAAUGGAUGAGCCUCUUAAUUUUCAGGCAAUUAAGGGAUAUUUGCUUAUUGUGAAUAAAGAGAAGAUUUUCGUGUACAACGUGUCGAGUCAGCAUUAUGGUAGGCCCGGUGCACCUCGUCUAAUUUUCUCUGCUGGUUUGGAUGACAUCAUAUCAUCUUUUCUAAAUUAUCAAAUGGUGGAUGAUGAUGCAUUUGCCAAUAGGAGAAGGGCAGUAACCUUAAUAGCUACUGACCGUGAAAAGCUGGUUGUUCUCAGCCUGGGGGAUGGAUAUGUGGGAAUGUACCGCUCUAACCUUCCUGUAUUCAAAGGAGAAUUUAGUUCAAUGAUAUGGACAAGCCCGGUCUUGUUCUUCAUAGUUUUUCUUAUUGUCGCAUGCAUUUUCUUUGCCAAGAAAAGGGAAGCGCUUACUUCUUGGGGUCCAGAUGAUCCUUUUAUCACCCCAUCUGCCACGAAUGGAGCGCCUAUUGGAUCAACCUCUGGAGACAGGUCUUUUGUUGACACUUCUAAUAGAGGUGCUGAUAUAAUUGGUCUGAGAGGUCCUUCAAGGAGAUAUGUCUCUCCCUCACGAUACGCUGGUGGAGAUGCAGGUUCCUAUAGGCCAAGUUCGUCUGACCCGAGUUCCAGGCCUGCUUCUGUUGAUCCCAAUUUUCGAGCCACUUCAGAGCUGAAAUUCCGGGGUUCAGCACUGGAAUCUUCUGGCUUCCCUAAGAGAAGGGAUAGCUUAUUUGUAAACAGUCAAGUGUUGGAUGAUAGCAAUUGACUUGAAAACAUCAAUUGCAUGACUUCUACUGGGGAAGUUGAAGUUGUUUUGAAAUUUUAUUAUCUUACUGCUCAUUUGGAAAACUGUAACUUUGAGCUGCACACUGAAGAAUAAUAGGAAUUUUGCGUUUCUUUUUCCAUGUCGUAAAGAAAAUGUGCAUCUUCUCUUAGUCACCAUAAUCUGAGAAAAAAAUGUGGUGAUAUCUUCUUUCUUUUUUUUUUUUUUUUU